AUGGCUCGUCAUCUUGGCCGUUCGUUUGUCUUAACUUCCACCCUGUUCUCCUUCGCCCAUGCAGGACCAUGUCGUCCCUCGGCAAGCUCAGAAGUUAUAGCUCCAACCACCACCGCUACGACAACCACUGAGACGGUCGAUGUAACCAAGUCUUUUAGCACCACCUUUUCUGUUUCAUUCACUAUCGAGACAUCUCAAGCAGAGUCGAUUGCUACCACCGACACCGCUGUAGCCGUUGGCACCAGCAGCGAGAUGUCCAUUAUCACCGACAGUCAGAUACAGACUAUCACAACCACUACAACUUCUGAUGUGGUUUCGACUACCACGUUCGAGGCUUCCACAACAACUGCCGCACCAGUCCAGGGUUGUGUCAACAAUCUUAAGAAUCCCGCACCUGGAUAUGCCGUUUGUGGCACCAAGGGAAUUCCUAUGGUGCCAAGUGACGACUUUCUGUAUUUGGGAAAAGCUGCGGCUGGUACCAGACUCGAUUGUUACAAAUCGUGCGCGGGAAAUCCCAACUGCCUGUCUUUCACCGUCGAGGAGAAUGUAUCUUGUGAAUUGUAUGCAGGCUCAACUGGGGCCACUGGUAUACUAGACACGCCAUGGAAGUGGUAUGAGCUCGACUGCUUUUGCAAUACAGUCUAG